AUGUGUAUGUGGGUGUCUGUGCCGGACAGUAACAUCCAGAAGAAGAUAGACCAUGAGAUCCGGAUGCGUGACGGGGCCUGUAAGCUGCUGGCUGCCUGCUCCCAGAGAGACCAGGCCCUAGAGGCCUCCAAGAGCCUGCUCACCUGCAACAUCCGCAUCAUGGCCUUCAUGUCAGAGCUGCAGAGGAUGAAGGAGGCCCAGGUCAUGCAGAGGGUCGCACUAAGGUCAGCGGAUGCAGGGCCCACGGACGACAGACUACCCUGUAAAGGAAAGGUGGCCAUCUCAGACCUGCGGAUCCCUCUCAUGUGGAAAGACACAGAGUACUUCAAGAAUAAAGGAGAGCUGCAUCGGUGUGCAGUGUUCUGUCUGCUCCAGGUGGGGGCGGAGAUCCACGACACAGACAUGGUGAUAGUGGACCGGACACUCACCGACAUCUGCUUUGACAACACCAUAGUGUUCAGCGAGGCCAGCCCGGGAUUUGAGCUGCGCGUGGAGAUGUACAGCUGCUGUUCAGAGGAGGACUACUCGACAGGGAGCACGUCUCGGAAACUAGCCAGCAAACUGAGCAGCUCUCUGGGCCGUUCGGCAGGGAAGAAGCUCCGCGUCGCCAUGGACCCUGGAGCCUGCAGCCCCAUCAGCAACGGAGGAGGAGCCACGCUGCUGCUGCCUCUGCCCACAGUGGUGGGACCGAAGUACCAUCUCUUGGCCCACACCACCCUGUCACUGUCACACGUCCAGGACAGCUUCCGCACACAUGACCUCAGCAUCUCGGGCAACGAGGAGUGUUCACACUGGGUGCCUCUCUACGGCAAUGUGUGUUGUCGCCUGGCUGCCCAGCCUCACUGUAUGACCCAACAGAUGAUGAGCGGCUGCUUGAAGGUCAAGUUUGGAGGUGACCCUCAGAGUUGGACAAACGUCUACGGCGUCCUUAAAGGGACAAACCUUUUCUGUUACCACCGGCAAGAGGAUGUAGAGGCUAACAUAGAGCCGGCUUUUACCAUUUCCAUCAAUAAGAAGACGAGAAUACGGGCGUCAGAGAAGGACCGCCACAAUAAGGCCCAGAGUAUCUGUAUCAGUAACCAUUAUGGAGGAGAGGAGGUGACACACACACUCUCAGCAGACAGUCGUGAAGACACACACCGCUGGAUGGAGGCCUUCUGGCAACAGUUCUAUGACAUGAGCCAAUGGAAGCAGUGCUGUGACGACUUAAUGAAGAUUGAGCUGCCAUCGCCCCGGAAACCAACCCUGGUCACAUCGAAACAGGGUUCUCUUUACCACGAAAUGGUUAUUGACACCUCUGAUGACAUCAGUACGGUGACGGACAUCCUGGCGCGGCGGAUGGAGGAGCUGGAGCUGAGGAGCCAGCUGGGGACCUCUCCUCCCUGGAUGUCCCUGUUCGAGGAGUCUCCUGGUUGCCCCCGCACCCACAACCGCCUCCCCCACAGCCCCCUGCGCUGCCCCCGGCCCGGCCUGCUCUCCUCAGAAGCCAGCCUGACCUCGGACAGCGACAGCCCCUGCAGCACCAGCCCUUGCUCCCGCUACAGUGGCUGGGCAGAGCCCCUCUCCCUCUCCUCCCCCUCCUCACACUUCCGCCCCCGCACCCUCUCCCUGGACGCCAAGCUCAGCACCCUCAGGGGCAGGGGGUAUGGAGGGGUGUUACAGUGCUCCUGUCAGCCCCCCUCCUCCUCCUCCCUUGCCCCCAUCCCAGCCCAAUGCGUCCCCCAGGCCACCCUGUCCUGCUCCAGCUCUACCUCCAGUAACAGCUCCAGCGAGGGCAGCCACAGCCCUGAGUUGUCAGACGGCACCCCUUUCUCACGCCCCUCUUCGGCCCGUCAGAGCCUCAGGAACUUGAGGGCUAAACUGGACCCCCGGAAUUGGCUCCAGAGCCAGGUAUAACCCAGCUCAGACCCCACUCAUCUAAACCACAGAGCCAGGUAUAACCCAGCUCAGACCCCACUCAUCUAAACCACAGAGCCAGGUAUAACCCAGCUCAGACCCCACUCAUCUAAACCACAGAGCCAGGUAUAACCCAGCUCAGACCCCCAGAUCACCCAAGGUCCUGGUAAGAACUGACAGGAAGGAAGCCCCCACUUCCUCUCUGAUGAAAGGGCGUUGGUAUUAACUGGAAUGACUUCACUCUAAUGACAGGAGAAUUGUGAAUUGUCAGUGUAUGGGAAUGUUUAGUAUCUGAAUGUGGUCAGAGGGUUGUUGGUGUAACUUGUGAUCUAUUCAAAUGGCUAGACCCACUGUCGCCUGUAAUAGCAAUUAAAUCCUGCCAGAAAAAGUCCUCUGAAACUACUAAUACACUGAUUUGCUUAUUGCAUGAUAGUGCUCGAAGUCGAGGAAUGUGUUGUUUCAGAUCUUUAAACUUCUCAGAAAGUGAAUGAAUUUUGAAAGCUCAACUUAAUGCAACUGUGCUCCCAUUAAUUUACUGUGCUACUUGUUACUACUGUGAUAACAUCAGGGUCACUUCCUCGGCUGGGUUUCCAGAACUUCCCCUACAUUCAUUAACACAUUGUAGGCCUAAUACACAUCAACCAAUAUUUGAGUUCACCAGGACAUUCCGUUAAGAAACUGACAACAAUUAUUUGUACCAAUGUAUGGAGUAAUUAUAAUGAAUUGAAGGAAGCCUAAGGUAAUGUACUACAUAAUCACGAGAAGCCAUAUUAACUCCUGUGUUACACUGCCUCAUUCAAGUUCCGGGGUGCAAAUGUACUGACUGAAGAGCGUAGAACCUGGGAAUGUGCAUACAUGGGUGAAGAGUUUUGGAAUCCCACAACUCUGACCUCUUUGUUGAUUUAUAGCUUAGUUUGUGGUACUACAGUCAUAACGUUAUGCCCGGCAAACCGGUCUCAGAAUUCUGCUGCAAUAUGAUAUGAAACAUUGUAAUCGAUCAAAUAUGCAAUGCAGGAAAUAUUGAUCUCUAGAAAAUAUUGUGUUGUGUUUUUUGUCUUAAAAUAGUGUAGUCUUUCACCUAAUGCCAAGCAGCUGAUUGUAUUGGUUAAGUGAUGAGGUGGGCAGGGGUAGGUGUGUCCCUGGUCUGUGCAGUAAAGCCUAACAAUCCCUGUGCUUCUAAUGGACUUUCUAACAUGCCACUGUGUCCCAAGGGCUCACAGCUGGCUCACUCCUUUUUACUCAGAGUAAAACAACUGUACAUGCUUCAAAGUGGCAUUUGUUACUGUAAAGUUUUUUUAAUAAGUUAACAAAACUCUUCUUUUUCUUAUACAUUAUUACGUGAUUGAUUUUGUUAUAAAUACAGCUAUAUUGAUUUAUUUUAACAGAUUGCAUAUCUAUAACUGUGUCUAAUAGAUAACAUUGAAUGUUAACAAGAGUGUCUUGUGUUAGCAGACUGUCUGCAUGCACGUCAUCCUGGGGGAGAAAGAAAUAAGGACUCAGUCAUGUUUUAAAUAUUGUAUUAAACAUAACAAUAAUAAAUGGUGUAUCCAUU